AUGAAGUCUGUCCUCUGCAGCCUGCUGUCCUGCGCCUCUCUGCUGCUGUCUGAUGUCCUGGCCACAUACCACCUCAGUGUGGGGGACCCUCAGCUCAUCUCCACGCAGAGCUUCGCACAGAGCAGGAACAAUGGACGACCACUGCUCAGGACCCUCAAUCCUGCAAAGACAGACUCUCAGUGCAGGAGCCGGCCCCUGGACCUGGUCUUUAUCAUUGACAGCUCUCGCAGUGUGCGCCCCGGCGAGUUUGAGAAGGUGAAGAUAUUCCUGGCCGACAUGGUCGACACGUUGGACGUGGGCUCGGAAGCCACCAGAGUGGCUGUGGUCAACUACGCCAGCACGGUCAAGAUCGAGUUCCUGCUCAAAAACCACUUCAACAAACCGGACAUGAAGAAAGCCAUCUCCCGCAUCGAGCCCUUGGCGGCUGGCACCAUGACCGGCCUCGCCAUCAAGACUGCAGUUAACGAAGCCUUCACCGAGCAGUCUGGGGCCCGGCCUCGCUCCAGGAACAUCUCCAAAGUGGCCAUCAUAGUGACAGACGGGAGACCUCAAGACCAGGUGGAGGAGGUGUCAGCUGCAGCUCGGGCCUCAGGCAUUGAGAUCUACGCUGUUGGGGUGGACCGUGCUGACAUGCGCUCCUUGCAGCUGAUGGCCAGCAUCCCUCUGGAUGACCACGUCUUCUAUGUGGAGACCUAUGGCGUUAUCGAGAAGCUCACCUCCAAGUUCAGGGAGACCCUGUGCGGUGUGGACCCCUGUGCCAUGGGACACGACUGCGAACACAUAUGCGUCAACAGCAAUGCCUCGUAUUACUGCCAGUGCCGGAACGGUUAUAUCUUGAAUGCGGACAAGAAAACAUGUUCCCUGAAACAGGUGAAGGCGGUGGUGGUGGAGGAUCCCUGUAAAUGUGAAGCCAGGCUGGCCUUCCAGAAGCAGACGCAGGCCGCCCUCCAGCAGCUCACAGCCAAGCUAUCUGAUGUGUCUGGGAGAAUCGAGCGUCUGGAGAACAUGGUGGGCCGUGCUUAAAGCUGCACACUGUGAGACAGCUCGCCGGUUUACAUCGUGGACGUGGACAUGUGUUUCCUGUCAUCCACCCUCCCAGAACUACUGUAUGGACUUCGACCACAGAUGGAGUGAAACUGUGAUUCCCCAUAGUUACUGACUGUAGUGACUGAUGAGUAACAAUAUCUGUUGUUGAAU